AUGGCGGACAAAGAGCCCGAGCCCGCGCUCGCGGAUCUCCAAACGCUCUUCAACCAGUACAAACAGAUCGAGGCGUCGCUGCAGCAGAACCGCAUCCGCCUCGGGAACAAACUCCCGGACAUCAAGCGCGCGCUGGACACCGUGCAGAUGCUGUGCGACAAGCGCGGCACCGGGGAGGAGCUCAACAUGAACUUCGAGCUCGUGGACAGCGUGUACGCCAAGGCGGUCGUGAAGGACGCGGAGAGCGUGUACCUGUGGCUGGGCGCCAACGUGAUGCUGGAGUACCCUCUGGACGAGGCCAAGGCGCUGUUGGAGACGAACUAUCAAAACUGUAAGAACAACCUGGAGACGAACAAGAGCGACCUCGCGUUCGUGAAGGACAACGUAACGAUCACGGAGGUGAGCAUCGCGCGGGUGUAUAACUGGGACGUGAAGCGCAGGAAGGACGAGGUCGCCGCGGCGAAAGCGGGCGGGAAGUGACGACGGAUCCGAUCGACGAUUUCAUCUU